AGCUAUUAAUAUUUUGGACACGAGCCAUUGAGGGAGACGCACCUUCCUGUGACAAUGAAUUCACGGCCCAUAUUUUGAAUAAACAAGCCUCUUUCUUCAUUUGUUGAUGAGUGAAAAAUUAAGAUAAACCAUAUGACAACAAUAACAGUAAGACGAAAUAACCAGGAGUAUGUUGUCCCAGCAAGCUCCUCUCAGGACGCGCAGCCAUCCCCCUUAGCCCUACUAGCAGCAACUUGUAGUAAAAUAGGUGAUCCUGCGACUGCCCCAGAGGGAGGAGCCACACCGAAUGGGGGUAAUGCGGUGAGAGUUGUUGGACAGGCUGGGGGUGCGGAAAUAGUGACACCAAACUUCAUACAGUUACCAUCGGGGGCCAUUGUCGAUGCUAGUGGUAAACAGCAAUUUGGGAUCCCAGUGUCCAUAGGUCCUAAUGGCCAGAUAAUACAGCAGGCAUCCCAGCCUCAACUGUUUGCUAAUGGGAAUGUACAGUACAGUGUUAUUCCCUCUUACCCUACAAUCGGUAUUGACAGUCAAGAUGGAUCUGCGAUCAUCAUUCCAGCCUCACCAUCAGCAAAUAACACAGGACAGGCUAUAUUCACUGGUGGUCAGCAAACCGUGCUCGCUGCUCCAAAUGGUCAACUGAUUAGGACUCAAGGUCUGCCUGCUAAUAAUGUGAUCCCAAACAUGGGUUUUGCUAACUUGACAGGGAACGUUGUGAAUUUGGGAGGGAAUUUAGUUAGUUUGGGUAAUGUCCAGGGGGGUCCAAGACAAGUCCAGGCUGUGCAACUUCAGUCACAGUAUCAACAAGUCCCAAAUUUUAUCCAAAUACCUGUAUCAAAUGGUCAGGCUACGGCAAUGCAGGCAAUUCAGUUACAAAAUUUGCCAGGAUUUCAGAUGGUCCAAGGUUCCCAAGCGAUUACAACCACUGCCAAUAGCAGUGGACAGACAAAUUCUGAUGGAGCCCAGACUGUAUCUAGUACGAGUACAGUGAGUAUUGCACCACAGCCAACGCAACAUCAACAACCACAGCCAACGCAACAGCCACAAACCAUUCAAAUUCAACCACAAGUGCUGGAAAUUUCUAAUGUGACACCUACUCCCCCUAAAAGUGGUGACAAUAGCAAUGGAGGAAAACCACCCACCCCACAGACUUUGACGAUCCAGCCUAACCCUGUUACUUCAUCUCCGCCGUCAUCUUCAUCAUCAUCGUCAACAACAUCUACAAUACAACAACCCAGCCAGACUGCAGUGCCCCAGCUUCUCCCAGCCAGUACUAUUCCUGUUCAACAAAUGCCCACACUUGUGUACAAUGCUGCCACAGGACAGUUAAUUCCGAUCUCACAAGGCAUGAUAGUGUCUAAUGGACAAAGUGUUGUGAUGAACUCCAUGCCCCAGAUGGUUUCUAGUGCUACCACGUCGUCUGUCAAUACCGUGGCAUCGUCUCAGUCAACACAACCUGUCUCAGUGCUACAGCCAGGUCAGGUGAUUACUCCACAACAACUUGGCCUUCAGACCAUCCAAGGACAAAACAUCCAGUUUUCAGGCGCCCAGCAGCCUGGCCAAGUCAUUGCUGGUACACCAUGGUUGUCCACUAUGAAUAAUCUAAAUGUGGGGGGUAUCAGGGCACCAAACACAAUUCAAACCAUACAGGUCCCCAACAUGACUCUACAAAACCUUCAAGGUUUGCCCACCGUGCAGAAUUUUCAGGGGAUACAAACAUUUCAACUAACCCCUCAGGGACAGUUGAUUGCAGCAGGACCAACCCCCAUACAGUCAAAUGUGGCAUUAACAUCCCAGGGGGCCCUCACUCUAGCGGCCCCGCAGCCACAGACAUCCCAGCAGACCCAGCCACCAACAUCUCUGAGUCCCCAAAUGUCCCAGCAGUAUACAGCCACUGUACAGAACAUUCAACCAGCUCCUCAACAGGCACAUAUCAUCAAUGCAAAUACUGGACAGCCUGUGGCUGGGACAACAAUACAACAAGAUCCCAAUGACCCCACCAAAUGGCAGGUGGUUCAAACCCCUAACAACCCACCACUGAGUCCUACAGAGCAGGGCAUGGCACAGCCGGGACGCAGACUUAGGAGGGUAGCCUGCACCUGUCCGAAUUGUAAAGACAAUGAGGGGAGAACAGGGGAAAACAAGAAAAAACAGCAUAUUUGCCACUAUCCAGGAUGUAAUAAAGUUUAUGGGAAAACUUCACACCUACGGGCCCAUUUAAGGUGGCAUUCUGGUGAACGACCAUUUGUUUGCAAUUGGUUAUUUUGUGGAAAACGUUUCACACGGUCGGAUGAGCUUCAGAGACACCGAAGAACUCAUACAGGAGAGAAGCGGUUUGAAUGUCCAGAAUGUCAGAAGAGGUUUAUGAGGAGUGAUCAUCUCACAAAACACAGAAAAACACACAAAAACAAGAAUGCGCAAUCAGCAUUAGAUUCCAGUGAAGCAGGGGAGGAGGGGGAGAUUGAGGGGGGGUACCAUGAGACUCUGACUGUGGACACGGAGGAGGGGCCGACCACCAUCCAGGUAGUGGCUACUUACACUGGACAACAGAUACAGCAGGUGGAGGAGGGCUGACAGAUUUCUGUCUGAGUGCAGCACUAAUAAACACAAACAUUGUGUGUCUUAUAAAGUUCUUAUCUUCAGUGCUACUACGGAUAUUUCCAGUGAUGAAAAAUAAACUCGCCUGAAUUGAAUCUCCUGGAUUUACUGAGGAAUCCCGAGAACAAGAAACUUGGUGCUCUAAUUCCAAGUGUUUUAGAGACUUUGUUUUCAGAAGUUAUUUAUAAUUGUCUGAUAUCCAAGAUGUCAGCAAUGCUUCUCUUUCCAUUCUGAACGAUGGAGAUUUUAUGAUGGUAAAUUAUUGUUAACAGCUAUACCUGUUAUAUUACCUUGUUGUGUUGUUAAAGAUGUCGUACAGUCAAUUGUUAUGGCUUUUGCUUUGUUUCAAUUGUUUGAAAUUAGAUGAAGUGGAAUUCGUCUUUAAUUAUUAAGAAUUAACUUUGGUGAGAAAAUCAUGGAAUAAAAAAAAAAAACCACUACUUGCAAUUGAAUAACGAAAACCCAAAUUAAAUGUGCAAGACUUUGCAUUAUGAUCUAGGGUAUUUAACAAAGAUCUACAAAUGUGAAUCUCAAGUGUUUAUGAAUAAUUGAAUAUAUUGCUCAGCAGUUUUAAAAUGAUGUUUUCAGUAUUCAAUAUCACCAUGAUCACUGUGAAAAACAAGACAAAAAAGGGCAAAGUGCAAAAUGGACAUGCAGGGAUAAGCGUUUUAGGAGUUUGUUGGAAUUUUAGCUUUUGUACGCCUGUCUUUUAAUGGGUCGUAUUAUGGUAUACGCUUUUCCCGUCUGUCCGUCUGUCUGUUAGCUAUUUUGUUUCUGUGUCAUCUAUUUUUUCACAGUGAGGCCUAGGACUAAUAAAUUUAGUGUAGCUUGGGAAGGUGUGUCAAAAACCAAAAUGGGGUCACUGUGGCCUUUUUUAUGGCUCUAAAUAAUCAUUUUAUGUCUGAAUCAUUUGUUAUAGACUGAUGAUUAGGACCAUCAAACCUGGUCACCGGAUGUAUUUAGGAGAAAGGUGUGUCAUGACCCAAAUAUAGGUCACUGGCCUCUUUCUGGAAUUUUAUGGCUGUGUUGUAAACUAAGAAUAGGUCAAUGUACCUUGGUGUGAAAUUUUAUGGCUAUACAAAUCAUUUCUGGAUUAUAUCUAGAAUACUGUAAAACAUCAAACUUGGACAAUUUGUGCAUCUUGGGAGGUUGGGGGAGAUGUGUCAUGAACUAAAAAUAAGUCUGUGUGGCCUCCUUUUGAAAUCUUAUGACUCUACUUAUAUACAAAUCAUUUCCUGACCAUAUCUUAGCACUGUCAAGCUUAGGAACAUCAAAGUUGGUGCAUCAAGGGAGGGGGGGGGGUGAAGUAUAUGAUAAACAAAAAAACAGUAUGGCCUCAUUUUGAAAUUUUAUGACUACAUUUGCAGAUCUCUUCUGGAUCAUAUUUUAUUUUGAGCUCUGUGAGGCCUAGGUCAACCUUGGUCAGUUGAUGCAUUUUGGGAGAAGUGUCGAAACCCAAAGUUAGGUCACUUUAGCCUAGUUUUGGAAUCGCAAUUUUCAUCAUCACAGCUUGUGGCUUCAGACAUGCAAACAGAUAUGCAUCAUGUACAUGUGGUUGCAGACGGGCAUAUCGUGUACCUUAGUCACCUUACAAGUGCAUUUUAUUACAUAUUUUUAGAGUCUUGGAAAUAUUUUUGAAGGUUUUACAAUGUAAGAUUUUGUAAGGAAAGUAUUGCUUCAAUGUCCCAAUGUGAAAUAAAUAGAUAAGUCAACA